AUGGGUGACGAGUACAUAUCAGAUUCCAGCUCUGAUUUCACCGAUUAUUGGAUUGACCUUUUUCUUGGAAUCAAGGGCAACGAGUACUUCUGCGACAUAGACGACGAAUACAUUCGUGAUAGAUUCAAUCUUACCGGUCUCAACCAAGAAGUAAGUCGACUUCCCACCCUCAUUGAUAUCAUAACCGAUCUAGUAGACAUCGAGCUGCAACCUGAAGAGCACAGAGAUGCCUUGGAACACAACGCCCGGGUCCUCUACGGCCUCAUACACGCACGGUACAUUCUCACGACUCGUGGAUUGAACAAAAUGUUCGAAAAGUAUAGAAAUGGCGAUUUUGGGUAUUGUCCCCGGGUUCACUGCCAGCUUCAUCCGCUCCUUCCCGUGGGUCUCCAUGACCUGCCUCGGGUGUCCAGUGUCAAAUUGUACUGUAGCAAAUGCGAGGACUUGUACAAUCCCAAAUCAGGCCGGCAUUCGGUGAUUGACGGUGCGUACUUUGGGUCUUCGUUUCCUGCUAUGUUUCUUCAAAACUUUUCGCAGGCCAUUCCAACCCAUUCGGCCGAAAUGUAUACUCCCAAGGUGUUCGGCUUCAAGUUGCAUGAAUACUCCAAGCUCAAUCGCUGGAGAGAGUUACAACGGUCGCAUCUCGAGCGGCGAUUAACGAGCAAAGGUAUCGAGACCAAAAACGUAGUGGGGGGAUUCACGCAUAAUGCACCGAAGGAGAAUGAAUAG